UAUUUCACUAAAAAGCAACCUGAAGCACAAAAUGGAAUCAGUGAAGCUAGUUCUGCAGGAAAAUCAAACAUUUGCAAGCUUCUGUUGAGAGAAUGGGAAUUGAUUUUUGAGAUGAUCAAGAUGGCAGAAACUUCGAACGGAACAUUAGCAGAACAACUUUUAAUUGAUGACUCUGAUGUUCCUGAUUGGCUUUUGACCGAGAUUCUUCAACGGCUGCCAGUUAAACACAUCUUCAUGUUCAAAUGCGUGUCCAAGAGAUGGUUCACCCUGAUUUCUGAUCCCUUUUUUGCCCGCUCUUAUGCCACCAGAAUCAACCGUAGCUUAUCUUUGUCUACAUCUCAACCAUGGAACCUUCUUUUCCGGUACUUGUUUGAAGAUUGCCCGAUAAAGAUCCUGGCAUUGAGUAAUGGUUUGUUGUUAUGUUCUGAGAGCUUUUACUGGCAGAAAAAUUACUACAUUUGCAAUCUACUUAUCAGGCAUGAAAUUGAUGAAUAAAGGAUGCAGAUAAGUGUUCAAGAAACACACAGACGGAUGAUCAUGAAGCCAGAAUAAUCGAUA